AUGGCGCGGGCGAUGCUCGACAGCGGCAAGAUCGAGGAGGUGUAUCAGUUCAUCGCCGGAUUCGGGCAUCGCUAUGCCCGGCUGGCCAGUGGCGUGGCCGUGGGCAACAUGUUCUCCGGUCUGACCGCACUGGAGUUUCUGGAGGAAACCGCAAAAGAUCAUGGAGUUCCGGUAGACGAUGCAAAAAUCCAGGCCGUGCGCGCGGGCAUGGCCCGGGGUCUCCUGGAUAUGCUUGACCAGAUCGCCAAUGCGGCCGGUGAUGUUGUCCGUGAGAUUACCGCCGACGAAGCAUGGACCUUCCACAAUCGCAUCUUCACCGAGCUCAAUCUGCCGGUCGAUUCCUGGACGUUGAAUACGCCGUUCAAGCUGCUGGACGAACAGGAGCGUGCCGCCAUCUGGGACUCGAUGCUCGACAGCAACGGUCGUCUGCCAUGGGACACCAAGGCCGGCAUCGAACUGCUGGUCGAGGUGGUCAAGAACGCAGAGCACGAUCCGCAGGGCGCCGGCACAUGGUUCCUGCGCCUGGGGGCGAACGAGGAUGUGUACUCGGCAUGGCUGGCGCGGUUGAGCACCGAAAUGCUGGAGGACGGCUCCGGAUGGGUUGCCCGCCCCUUGGAUCCCUUCCUGUUCUUCACCGGCGCGCUGAUGCUGGAUGCCCAGGACGGGGAGUUCAACAAGGACCAGAUCCGCGAAUUCCUCAAUGCCCUGCCCGAGGUGCUGAAGCUGUCGGUCAAGCAAGGGAGCGGACUGACCGCCUAUGGCUCGCUGCAGGGUGAUGCCAUCGACGGUACCGAUGAGGCCGACGUCCUCUUCGGCCAGGAUGGCGCAGACGUGCUCUCUGGCCUGGCCGGCAACGAUGUGAUCGACGGCGGUACCGGCAACGAUACCCUGAACGGCGGCGCCGGCAAUGACGCACUGUUCGGUGGCGCGGGCAACGAUACGCUCGACGGCGGUACCGGCAGCGACCAGUUGCACGGCGGUCUGGGUUUUGACACCUACACCAUUGGUACUGGCCUGGCCGGCGAUCUGGAUACGAUCGUCGAUACCGACGGCAACGGUACCGUGAUCAUCAACGGCAACGGCGCUUGGGCCAACGGACUCAUCGCGACGUCAGCCACCACCUGGGAGAGCGCCGAUGGCCAGAUCAAGGUCAGCCACUCGGUCGCCAACGGUUCGAAGCUGAUCAUCCGCAGUGGCACCGACACCGGCAGCGUGAUGGUCGACGGCUGGAGCCAGGGCCACCUGGGCAUCACGCUGCCCGAGUUCAAGCCCGGCCAGGGAGGCACGGGAGGCACCGGGCUGGCUGAUUUCCUCAAUCCCUUCGUGAACAGCGUGCCCAGCGCUGCGGUCAACCUGUCCGGUGGCAAUGGCCGCGACAUGAUCUGGGGAACCGCGUUCGGCAGUGGUGACACCCUGGACGGUGGUGAAGGCAGUGACAUCAUCAACGGUCGCGGUGGCGCCGACAUCAUCACCGGCGGCGUCGGCCACGACUUCAUCUCCGGCCUGGGAUCGGGGACGAUCGCGCAUGGCGGAGAGGGCAAUGAUGUCCUCAACGCACAGUGGAACUUCGGCUUUGAUGUGCGCACGAAUUCACGUGUACCGAUUACCGAAUCCGGCAUCUGGCGCGACGUGGAGGCCUUCUUCAGCUGGAGCGCGAUGCAGAGGCUGGGACGCCGCGAUGAUGGCAGCCUGGCCAUCGGCUUCGACUAUGGCCUGUCGGGCAUGUUCGAUUUCAGUGGCGCCUCGGUGGCGCCAGGCUGGACGUUCAGAUUCCGGCGCCUGGACAAUGAUACCUACACCCUGGUCUACAGCAGCGCCACCGAGCCGGAUGGCAUCGCGCUGGGCCAGGGAAGGAUCACCACGGAGGGCGGCUCCGGCAUCACCUACACCAGCGGUGUGAGCCUGUUUGGCGAAGACGGCAACGACCAGCUCGGUGGCAGCAGUGCAGCGGAUUACCUCGAUGGGGGAGAUGGUGACGAUGCGAUCAGUGGAGAAGGCGGCCACGAUGUGAUCCUGGCCGGGGCCGGCAACGACCAGGUGGCCGGCGGUGAUGGCAACGACAGCAUCGACGGCGGUGCCGGCAACGACGAGAUGUGGGGGGAAGGUGGAAAUGACCUGAUCGACGGUGGAGACGGUGAUGAUCUGAUCUGGGGUGACUACUACCCGCAAUCCGGAAUCGUUGGCGGCGGCAACGACAUCCUGCGGGGUGGCGCCGGCAAUGACCAGCUGUCCGGCCAGGCUGGCGAUGAUCUGCUGUCCGGCGGCAUUGGCAACGAUCUUCUGGUUGGCGGUACCGGCAAUGAUCGCCUGGUGGGCGAAGACGGUGACGAUGAGCUGCAGGGCGAAGACGGUGACGACACCCUUGACGGCGGCAAUGGCGCCGACCGGCUGUUCGGGCAGGAUGGCAAUGAUGUUCUGCUGGGAGGCGAGGGCGCCGAUCAUCUGGAAGGUGGCGAUGGCAAUGAUCAUCUCGAUGGUGGCGCCGGCAAGGAUGUGCUGAUCGGCGGCGAAGGCGAUGACACGCUCAUGGGUGGCGAGGGCGACGACGAACUGUGGGGUGGGACUGGCAAGGACACACUGUCCGGUGGCGAGGGCGCCGACACCCUGCGCGGUGAAGCGGGCGACGAUGUGCUUGCCGGCGGUGCGGGCAACGACAUGUUGAUGGGCGGCGAUGGGCGCGACACGCUCGACGGCGGCGAUGGCGACGACGAGCUGCAGGGUGGCGCCGGCAAUGAUUCCCUGAACGGCGGCAACGGCGCUGAUCGUCUGUUUGGUGAGGAUGGCAACGACAGCCUGUAUGGCGGCGCCGGUGAUGACGUCCUGGCCGGCGAUGGCGGUGCCGGCAGUUCCGGUGCGGCUGGCAAUGACUAUCUCGACGGCGGAGCUGGCAACGACGUGCUGUUCGGGCAGGGCGGGCACGACGAGCUCAAUGGCGGAGCCGGCGAUGACAGAUUGUACGGUGAUGAAGACAAUGGCCCGGGAGGCAACGAUACGCUGCGCGGUGGCGCAGGCAAUGACCUGCUGUCCGGCGGCGCCGGCGACGACAUCCUGGAUGGCGGCACCGGCAAUGACGUGCUCUACGGUGGCACCGGCAACAACCAGUACCACUUCGAAGCGGGGUUUGGUAUCGAUCAUGUCUACCUGCAGGAGGGCAAUCCGGGUAGUGAUCGCAUCACCUUCGGUUCAAGCAUCAACCAGGCCGACCUGCACUACGAGGCGUACGGGCUGGAUCUGAUCAUCCGCCACAUCAACGGCGCUGAUACGGUGGUGGUGCACAACUACUUUGCAUCCACCGGAGCGGGCGGGAUCGCAGUGGGCGGCACCGACGUCACCGAUCGCGGCCGCCUGGAGGAACAACUGGAGCUGCCGUCGCUUGUCUUCGGUACCGGCGGUGAUGACAGCAUGCUGGGCACCAGCGGCGAUGACAGUCUGUAUGGCGCCGACGGCAACGAUACGCUGAUGGGCCUGGAGGGCAACGACCGGCUGUUCGGGGGCGGCGGCGAUGACCUGCUGAUCGGUGGUUUUGGCCAUGACGUGCUCGACGGCGGCGCCGGCAACGACAUCUAUCACUACGACUUCGGUCAUGGCUACGACCGCAUCAUCAAUCUGGGCAGCGCCGAGGCGGGCACGGACAUCAUCCGAAUCGGCCCUGGGCUGACUCGGGCGAUGAUCAACAACUCACUGAGCCUGGAUGGAUUCCUUGCCGGGAGCAAUCGCAGCCACAUCAUCGAAUUCGACGAUGGCACGUGGAUGAGCGCCGAGGACUUCGUCGAGACGGCGCGCAGCUGGAACGGUACCGACGGUGACGAUACAUACACGGCGACCGAUGAAGGCAACAACCUGCGUGCCGGUGCCGGCAACGAUAUCGUCCAUGGCCAGGGGGGCAAUGAUCGAAUCUUCGGCGGCGAAGGCGACGAUCAGCUGUUCGGUGGCGACGGCAACGAUGUGAUCUACGGCGAUGGCGGCGCGGACGUGCUUGAUGGCGGCGCCGGUGACGACAUGCUGUAUGCCAACGAGUUCGGCGACGGCAGUCCCGAUAUCCUGCGCGGCGUGGACACCGUCUUUGCCGAGUCCUUCUCGUACACCUUGACGGCCAAUGUCGAGAAUCUGGUGGGCGUGUUCAACAGCAGUACCUGGCAUUGGCAGAAUCCGUCCUAUCCCGGUUGGAUCGUGCACAUUCCCCGCAGCUUGGUCGGCAAUGAUCUGGACAACAUCAUCCAGUUCGGCAAGCCGUCGUACAUGGGCAGCCAUAGUGGACGUUAUUACGUGCUUGACGGUGGUGCCGGCAAUGACACGCUGAUCGGAACCGAGGCCAACGAAACCUAUGUGGUCGACAGCCUUGGCGAUGUGAUCAUCGAAGGUGACUGGGGCUCUGACAACCGCUUCUCCAUUGAUACGGUGCGUGCCAGCCUGUCCUAUUCGAUCGCCAAUCUGGUCAACAUCGAGAACCUCGAGCUGGUUGGCAGUGGCGAUUGGGCAGGUUGGGGCAAUGCGGGCAACAACACGCUCAACGGCCGCACGUCGAUGGGUGCCAACCACCUGUACGGUGGGAUGGGCGAUGAUCGCUACAUCAUCAGUGCCAACGAUACGGUGGUGGAGCUGGCCGGCGAGGGCAACGAUACCGUGGUGAUUGACGCCAUCGAGGAUGGCGCGCCACAGAACCAGUGGUUCGAUGUCGCCAAUUUCGCAAAUAUCGAGAACCUGGAGCUGGGCAACAACCUGGUGCCUGAUGGACGCGGCGCGGGCACCAUCAACGGUGGCGCGUUCCAUGCGAAUCUGCGCGGCGAUGCCGGUGACAACGUCCUGACCGGAAACGGGUUCAGCAACGAGAUCCGCGGUGGCGGAGGCAACGAUACUCUCAAAGGCGGCGAUCGUGAGCCGAACACGGUCUACAAGGCCAGCCGGGACUACCUGUACGGUGAAGAGGGCAAUGAUCUGCUGAUCGCAGGCCAGGGCGGUGCGGACCUGCAUGGCGGUACCGGCGAUGACGUGCUCAGGGGCGGUUAUGGCGACGACGAUUUCCACUACGGAAUAGGCGAUGGUCGCGAUACGGUGGAUUCCUGGGCCGGCGCCGGCCGCGACCGUGUGGUGUUUGGCGCAGGGAUCGACCCGGACCACGUCACCUUCAGUCGCAGCGGUCUGGACCUGAUCGUGCAGGUCGGCAGCGAUCCGAAUGAUCAGCUUACGGUCAGCAGCUACUGGUAUGAGGAGGGCGACAGGCUGGUGGUGCGUGGGGUGAUCGACCACUUCCUGUUCGCCGACGGCACCGUGCGCCGCGGCGAUCUGCACCAGCUGCCGUACACCAAUAAGCCUCCGGUCACGCUGAUCCCGUUCGUCGAGUUCGAGGCCAUCGGUGAGACCGCCUUCUCGGCGAAGAUUCCCUCGGGCAUGUUCCAGGAUGAGGCACAGGACACGCUGACCUAUUCGCUGAGUGAGAACGCGCCAGCCUGGCUGGUCAUCGAUCCGCUCACCGGCGAGCUUACGGGCACACCGCCCAAUGGCGGUGCGGAUCUUUCGCUGGACAUCAUCGCCGCCGACAGCUGGGGGCAGCGCACCACGGCCUGGCUGACGGUGAAUGUACGCAACGUGCUGCGGGUACCGACGGCGCGGAUGUACUUGCCGGCACCCAGUGCCGGUGAUCGCCUGUAUGGCGGUGAGGGCGACGAUAUCUAUGUGGUGAGCGACCCGAGCCAGCAGGUGAUCGAACUGGCCGGCGGCGGUGACGACACUGUUCGCAGUGGCAGCCAUCGCUACGUGCUGGGCGAGAAUGUCGAGCGGCUCGAGCUGCUGGACGAUCGCCUGGUCGGCGGUGGCGGCGAUGAUACCUACGUGGUCGACAGUGCCGGCGACGUUGUCAUCGAGGUGGCCGGCGAAGGCAUCGAUACCGUGGAGUCGGCGCUGGACUGGCAGCUGGGCGACCAUCUGGAGAACCUGGUGCUGACCGGCUCCGGCAACCUGAGCGGGGUUGGCAACAGCCUGGACAACGAGCUGUAUGGCAAUGAUGGCAACAAUCGGCUCGAAGGCGGCCUGGGUGCUGAUCGUCUGUACGGUGGCCUGGGCGAUGAUCUGUACAUCAUCGAGUCGGCCCAGGAUCGCGUGUUCGAGGACGAAGGCGGCGGCCUGGAUACCAUCGAGCGCCGCUUCGAGACGAACCUGAUCCUGGCCGACAAUGUCGAGAACCUGAUCCUGGCCAACGGCAUUGUGUCCGGCAACGGCAACGCGUUGGACAAUGUCAUCAAUGGCAACGCUGCGGCAAACAAGCUGAGCGGCAUGGACGGCAACGACACCCUUGUCGGUGGUGAUGGCGAUGACCAGCUAUGGGGCGGCAGCGGUGACGAUGUCCUGCGCGGUGACAAUGGUGCGGACUAUCUUGACGGCGGCAGCGGUGCUGAUCAGAUGAGUGGUGGCGCAGGCAAUGACAUCUACAUCGUGGACAAUACGGCGGACACGAUCAUCGAGCUUGCCGGCGGUGGCACUGACCAGGUGCAGUCUUCGGCUUCCUACACGCUGUCGGCGGAUCUGGAGAACCUGUUCCUGACCGGAAGUGCUGACAUCAACGGGACCGGCAACGCGCUGGGCAACUACCUGGCGGGCAACAGCGGCAGCAACACGCUCAACGGAGGAGGCGGCAACGACACGCUCAGUGGUGGGGGCGGCAACGAUACCCUGCUGGGCGGAGCUGGCAAUGACGCCUAUCUGGUCGAUGCGAACUCGGGCAGCGAUGUGGUCGACAAUACCGGUGGCGGCAACGAUACGGUGUUCUUCCAGAACGGCGUCACCCGGGAGCGGCUGAGCUUCUCCCGCGAGGGGGAUGACCUGUUGAUCCGGAUCGACCAGGCAGCCACGCCGGCGGUGCGCGUGCGCAAUCACUUCCUCGGCGGGGACUGGGCCAUCGAUCAGGUUCAGCCUGACGGAGGCAGUUCACUCAGCGCGGCCCAGAUCAAUCAGCUGGUGAGUGGCGGCAGUGGGGGCGGAUUCGACAAGACCAUCACCGGCACCUCGGCGGGAGAGCAGUUGGUGGGCACUGCCGGCAAGGACCUGAUCGAGGGACUGGGGGGCGAUGACACGCUGUUCGGCAUGGCAGGCGACGACACGCUGCGCGGAGGCGAUGGCAAUGAUCAGCUUGCAGGCGGCAACGGCAGCGCUGCGGGCUCCGGCAACGACCGGCUCGAGGGCGGGGCAGGCAACGAUACCCUGCGCGGCCAGGAUGGCAACAACGUGCUUGUGGGUGGCAGUGGCGAUGACCAGUACAUCCAUGGCGGCGGAAACGAUGUGAUCGACAAUACGGGGGGCGGCGUCGACUGGCUGUUCUUCCAGAACGGCAUUACCACCGGACAGCUUGCUUUCACCCGCGAAGGUGACAAUCUGGUGAUCGUUGUGAACGGAAACGCCAACCAGCGCGUCACGGUGACCAAUCACUUCCUCGGCGGUGACUGGGCGCUCGACUACCUGCAGGCUGCCACCGGCAAUGCGCUCAACACCGCGGCCAUCAAUGCGCUGGUCAGCAACGGCGGCGGUGACGGCGGAGGUACGCCGGGCGCCGGAAACGAUGCCGACUACCCGUCCAAGAUCAACGGUACGGCGAACGCCGAGCAGUUGGUCGGUACCAGCGGGCGUGACCUGAUCAAGGGCCUUGCCGGCGACGACAAGUUGUUCGGAAUGGGGGGCGAUGACAAGCUGGAAGGCGGCGAUGGCAAUGAUUACCUGUCCGGUGGCAACGGCAGCUUCAGCGGAUCAGGCAAGGACAUCCUGAUCGGUGGCGCCGGCGAUGACCAGCUGGUGGGCGAAGAUGGCGAUGACAUGCUCAUCGGCGGAGUGGGCAACGACACCUAUUUCUACCGGGCCGGAUCGGGCGCCGAUACGGUGGACAACACCGGCGGUGGUACCGACUGGUUGUACUUCGAUGGCAUUGAUCGCAGCCGCCUGAGUUAUCACCGUGACGGCGAUGAUCUGGUCGUCAGGGUGGAUGGCAGCGCCGGGCAGCAGAUGCGUGUGCUUCGUCAUUUCCAGGGUGGGCAGUACGCCAUCGCUUUCGUGCAGCCUGGCGAUGGUGACUACGCCAUCACCGCCGAUCAGAUUGCCAGUCAGUUGACACCGAUGACGGCACUUCGCACCAGCAUGACGUCUGACGCUGCGCCUGCGCCGGAGGGAAUGUCGCUGGAGGCCGAGCUGCAGCAUCUGGUAGGGGCCAUGGGCGCGUUCCGGGCAGGUGCUGCCACCGGGCUCGUUGGCGAUGUACCUGUGCAGCUGGCCGAUGUCGACCCAUCCCUGUGGGCGGGUGCACUGCACCGUCAGGAGGCGCGCGCCACACUUGUGCCGGGCUGA